UUGGAAAAAAACAACAACAAUGAAGUCCAUACAAAAUUACGCACGGAGUGUAUGGAUUUGAACGGAAUUGCUACGGAUUCCAACGGACCUGAAUGGCCAUCUAUGGAUCAGCUAUGGUCGACUUACGGAGACCAUACGCUGCUCCUAAGGACUGUUGGGCCGCUGAACGGAGUCCAUGCACUGCUUCUAAGGGCUGUAUGGUCGCUGAUAGGUGUCCAUACGCUGCUCUUAAGAACUGGUUUGGAAGCUAUACGGUCGCACAUUCAGCGUAUAGACUGGCCGUAUGCCCACGGCCCAUGAACACAGAUGUAUGGUCAUUGGCGCGUGUUACGCAACAAAUACGAACUGCCACCCGUGUUAUUUCGUGUUUGCCGAUAAUUUGAGGUUAUUUCGACUAUAAUUUAAUAAUUUCGCACGGCAUCGCGUUGCGAUAUGUUACAAUUAGUUCCGUGCGGAUAUUCGAAGUGCAGUAUGGUUCCGCAUAUUCGACAGAAACUAAUAGCACCCGUACACUUCAAAUACGUUUGAAAUAACGCGAGAACAAAAUUUCCAAAAUAUUGCAGCCGUGGCAUAUCCGCAAGUUGGCUUCACCCUGUCCAUCAAAGCGUACGGCGAAGUCCACUAUAAGGCACUGUCGAGGUUCGCGUGGAGCACGUGAUUUCGUCUUUUGUUUUGGCUUCUACGUGUCUAUCACCCGAGUUUUCGUAGUGGCUUUUUGGUUUAUGCCUCUUUCAUUUUAUCGUCACUAUCCUGCAGAUCGGGUCCUCCUAAUGUUGCGAAGUGAGAUAGUUUCAUGAUGUUAUGCUAGCGAUGGAUGAGGAACGAAUGAGGCACUCAUUCAUUCUUUUAAUUUAUUGCACUUAGUUAAAUAAUUAUUAAUAAUUUAAUAAAUUACUUUAUUAUUACUUAAAUUAGUUUAUUCCGUUAAUGCACUUAUCUUUUCCUCACUUACGCUUUCGUGAAUAAACAUAACCCCUGACUUAGUGCACACACAGAGAAGCUUCUGUUUGUAUAUGCCCUUUAUGGAACAGACAGAUGCGCUGAAUCUCAGGAACAGGGGUCGCAAUGAGUGUGUGUGUGUGGGGGGGGGGGGGGGGCAAUGGCCCAUAUACCCCAAUGGGUAUACCACUUUUUUUACGUCCUGUAAAAUAUUUCGUGGAAGGAUCUUUUAAAUAAUUACAAUACACGAACAUUUUUUUUAGAAAACAGGUGGCACAGGGCAGAACCAUUCUCCCUUAGUGAAAUGGAAAUUACACAUGCUCUUCAGUUAAUGCGUGUGCAUGUGAAAAUUAACAACUGAGUUACAGGACGCGAUACUCGUCCUGCCCUGGGCAUUGGGAGCGCAUGCUGCACCACUGGCUGCUGCUACUUUGGACAGAGGCCACUUUUCAGCUGCACUCAUUGAAGGGUUGCCUAUGAAAAGGUUGACAUUAUGAAACAACCAAAUUGCAUCAACAUAUCCUGCGAGGGCACAUAACUAGAUGCAGUCUUUGGCACUUCCAAAAGAGCAGGAAACGUGAUGAAAAGCACUGGCGGAAUAAUGUGGUCUACAUCCAAUGCCUCAAAGUUUGCCAUGGGUGACACAGAAGCCUCCUUUACAUGAUGUGGGAAGGUUACUACAGUGCAAGUCAACAGAGGUGAAGGGCCUUUCACACCGUUGAUUGGCACGCCUCCUUCGAGUGCAAGUUCCAUGUCUCGCUUCACCAAGGAAUGCGUCCGUUUUGUGUCCGGCAAAGAGGAAAGAAGCCUCAUGCUGCCUGCAAUGUCUGACGGAGUGGAAGCUGUUCUGCCUGUCUCCAAGAUCAAGAAUUUUCAACCGAAAGAUAGGAGUGACAUUGGGACUGCCGCUAAGGAUGCGUUUUGGACUGACGGCGUUGUCCAAGGGUACUAUCGUGCCCAGAUUCUCUUUUUAGGAGAGACAAAGAAGCAACUGCUUGCAGCACUUUCACGGCAGCGCAAGCCGAUACCAACAAUCUUUGAUAAAAACCUCUUUGAUGAUCUGCCAAGCCAGCCAUCUCAAGCACCUUCAAUCAACGAAAGGCGGGCCAACGCUCGGACAGCACAAAACAAGGGCCUUAGGGAGAUCCUGCGGAAGAACACCCCAGAUGAUGAGCUGGUACCAAAAAGGUUGCUCGAUGAGGCACACCAGGAAAUCACAAGGCUCAAGGAUGAAAUACAGCAGUUGCAUCAAGACUUAAAACGUGAGAGAGAAAUAUGCCACCGAUUGGAUGAUGCUCUUCUCAACAAAAUAGAUGCUGCUUUGAGAACACAACAUAUUCCUACAAGCCCACUGCCAGGAAAAGGACGUAGCCCCGUCACUUUCACAAACCUUCAAAGUGCAUUAAGGUGCAUGAUUGAAGAUCCCUUCACGGGUCUGACCGAGACAGCUCGCAGGAGUAGUCAAUGUUCUCAAAUGCACCACUGCCAAGCCAACACUGUGCCCCUAUGAGAGUUGAUGAGGGUCACGGAAUGUCAGCCGAGCAGGGUUUUGACACACUGGGCUCCUAUCCAGGCACUGGAGCCAUAAUGGACACCAGAAGUACUUGUCACGCUGGUGAGGUGAUGGGCCUGAACAAUGGAAUGCCACCACAGCAGGGUCCGGACACAGUGAGUCCAGGAGCUGGCGGGGAUGUCCUUGGCAUUAGCCCUACCUGCCCUUCAUCUGAGCCACAGGCUAUCUUGGGCGAUGGUAUCUUCAUUGCUGCUGAAAAGCUGUCGCUUGCCAUGGACUCUGACUCUGUAUUUGUUACAGAAAUUGCAAGGGCCAUGUGGACAACAGAAGAGCUUCAGGGCAGAAGCCUUACAGGAAAGCCGUGUCAGUGGUUUUUAAAGGAGGGGCCACAGGCAAGCGGGCGCUUACACCAAAGAAGGUUUCUGCACUGAAGCGAUGCUUCCAACAAUAUCCGAAGGAAAAGAGCUGUUCCAGAGGGAGAGACAUGGUGCAGAGGCUUCACAAAGUCAAUGGCUACCUCGCCGAUUUCUUGAAAAAAAAAUGUGACGUGAAAAAAACAUUAAACGGUAUUGAAAA